AUGGGAGCCCGCCACGUCAAGAUUUGUACUGAUUCUGCCUUGGUGAUCGGCCAAGUGACGGGAACCUUCGAGGCUAAGGGUGCUCGGUUGGUUCAUUACCGGGAUUACUCCCUCUCGAUCAUGGGAUCCUUCGACUCGUGUGUCGCUGAAAAUGCGAAUAUGCUAUCUCGAUUAUCUCACAAAACUCUCGAGUACAUUUCAAAAGUUGCCCAGAUAGAAGAGGUCUCAGCAGCUUGCAUUGACGUCGCCCCCUUAGCCCCGGUAAGCGAGGAAGGUGAAGACUGGAUAUCCGACCUGAGGGUUUAUAUUGAAACUAGGGUCUUACUCGAGGAUGAAGCAAGAGCUCGGAAAGCUAAGUUGUGCGCUCCUCGAUUUCAAGUCGAGCCGCUCGCUACAAUCACGUCCUAUCAGUGCGCCCGUUUUCUAUGGAGGAAUGUCGUCUCCCGGUUUGGAGUUCCAGUGCAGGUGGUCACGGAUAACAGGAGACAGUUUGAGGGGGAAUACUUUCAGAAUUCUUUGGCAACCAUCGGUACAAAAUCUGUCCGGGCGUUAGUGGCGUACCCUCAAGGCAACGGCCAGGUUGAAAACGCUAAUCAGACCAUCUUGGAAGGGCUAAAGAAGAAACUACAUUCCGCCGGACGCAACUGGGCCGAUGAACUUCCUUACAUCCUAUGGUCGUACCGGACGACCCCGCGUAAAGCUACCAAGGAAACGCCUUUCGCGUUAGUUUAUGGAGCCGAAGCCUGGUUUCCCGUAGAGGCGUGGAUCCCGACCUCCUAG